CAACUACAUCAUCUACCGGAGCUGGUUCGUUUCUUGGUUUCUCUCCAGCCCCUUCGUCAUCUUUUCUUCUACACCGAAAAAGAUCGAAAACAGCAACGUUUUGUUUCCCGUUUCUUUCCGCAGAAAUAAAGAACCAUCCAAGCGGUGACAACAACAGCGAGAAGUGCUGACACAACAACAAACUACCUUCGAAAUCUGGAGCGCUGGAGCAGCUUCUACAUCAGAAGCAUGGGGCCGCUCGAUUCUCUACUGGGUGGAAACGAAACAAGCAGCUCC